AUGAGCGAGAACAACGUGUUUCGCGGCAGCCCGGGCAUCCCGCACGUCAGCGAGGAGUUCUUCAAGGCCCUGCUGUGCGGGUCCCUCGUAGCCACGACGCUCGUCUCGCUCCCCGGGCGCUUCUUCGUCCCGGAGGUGAGGCCGAGGCCGGGCCUGCGGAUGUCGCGGGACCACAUGCGGAUGGUCACGGAGCAAGCGGCACAGCGGAGGGAGGAGAAGGCCGGGAAGGCCCCGACCGUGGCCCUGCACAAGCCCGUGGACACGUCCGACAGCCACGAGAAGCGGUGGCACCGGCACUUUUGGUGGCGGCGCUGGCACCUCCACCGCUCAGGGCCAGCCUACCCGUCCCUGUGA